UCUCAGCUCUCUCCAUUCCAUUCAUAUAACACAAAAAAACAUAAAAACAAACAAAAACUUCCUUCUCAGUCUUGAAGGGAUUACUUGAACAAUCUCAUUCAGUUUAUAAGCCAGCAGCUGAAGAAAUGAACCAGCAACAGUACCAACAGCCGCAGCAGAAUUAUACUGUCGUAGCGAUGGGACCGCCACCACCGAUUCCACCAGCAAUGCCACCUCCACCCAAUCUACCUCAUUCAGAUCUGCUUGAAGGAACUAGAGAAAACUACAUCAAAGUUGGUGUUCCGCUUUAUGAAGCAUCAAUCAAAGGAGACUGGAACACUGCUAAACGCAUUCUUGACCAACAACCAGAACUCAUACGUUCUGCUAUCACAGAAAAUUAUGAAACAAUGCUUCACAUUGCUGCAUCAGCAGAAAGCACCAAGGCAGUGGAGGAGUUUGUGGAAAAGUUAGUGCAAUUGAUGGAUAAGCAGGAUCUUGAGCUACAGAAUAAAAGUUACAAUACUGCCCUCAGUUUAGCAGCUGCAGCUGGUAAUGUGAAAACGGUCACGACAAUGGUGAAAAAGAACCCAGCUGUGACGGAAAUACCUAGUAGUAAUAGAAUGAUGCCACUAUAUAUGGCUGCUUUAUUUGCAAAACCUGAUAUGGUAAGGUAUCUAUAUAAAAUUUCUAAGAAAAUGUCAGGUGACUUUUGGACACAUGAGAAUCGGGGUUGGGUUCUACAAAAAUGCGUUGAAGCUGAUAUAUUUGAUGUUGCUCUACAAAUAGUGAAUGAUCGACCCGAACUUUGCGCCAAGAAGGGAUUACUCACCGAUGUUCUCUUAGCUUUGGCUCAGAAGACUAAAGCUUUUAAAGGAAUAAAGCCACAUAUUAUCAUCAGAUUCAUCAAGUCAUUAUUUGCAGUUUUUCAUGUGAAGUUAGGGCAUGCUGAAAAAGACAGUGAAGCCCUCCAGCUACUAAAAUUAAUUUGGAAAAAAAUUGCCAUAAUGCCUAAGAGCGAGAUUGAUGACAUAAUCCGUGGGCCACCUUUAAAGCAAGGAAAUACUAUAAAGGGCUAUCCUUCCCGAGUACUUUUUUGUGCUGCAAAAAUGGGCAACACGAAGUUUAUAAUUGAACUCAUUCAGUCAUAUCCUGAUCUAAUAUGGAAACAAGAUGAUAAAGGGCAAACUAUUUUUCACAUAGCUGUCAAACGUCGUCAAGCAAAGAUCUAUAAUUUGCUAUAUGAGAUUGGUGCAAUGAAAGAUCUAAUAACUCCUAUUAAAGACAAAAAGGGAAAUAAUAUGUUGCAUUUAGUUGCGAAGAGUGCUAAGCCAAAACGAUUUCAGAACGUGUCAGGAGUUGCUCUACAAAUGCAGCGAGAGUUACUAUGGUUCAAGGAGGUAGAGCAGAUGAUCCCGCCUAAUUAUAGACAAAGAAAGAAUGGAGAUGGUAAAACACCACGUGACUUAUUCACCACGAAGCACGCAGACUUAGUAAGCAAAGGUGAGGAUUGGAUGAAGAACACAGCAUCACAAUGUAUGGUGGCUGCCACCCUCAUAGCCACAAUAGUAUUUGCAGCCGCUUUUACACUCCCUGGGGGGUACAACCAAAACAAUGGUAUUCCUUUUUUCCGCCAUAAACCAUCCCUCAUUGUUUUUGUAAUCUCAGAUGCCGUUUCCUUAAUAUUCUCAUCAGCCUCAGUCCUUAUGUUCUUAUCUAUCCUCACAUCUCGUUAUGCUGAGCGUGACUUCUUAGAAUCAUUACCCAAGAAGUUGAUGUUUGGUCUUACAACACUCUUUCUCUCUAUUGUGACCAUGAUGGUGGCCUUUAGUGCCAGUUUCUUCGUACUUUACCAUAAUCACUUAAAAUGGGUGCCAAUCACUGUGACUGGUUUGGCUGGUGUUCCGGUUCUUUUAUUUGCUACAUUGCAAUUUCGUCUGUUAGGAGAUGUGUUCUACUCAACUUAUCGAUCUAGAUAUCUCUUUAAGCCCAAGAGACGGAUGCUUUACUUCUAAAUUGUUGUAAUGUUUUCUUCUUUGAUUCCAAAAUAUACCUUAACAACUGUAUAUGAACUAUUCCUUCUCAACUAAACGCUGCAGUUUCAUUCAAA